ACGAUUACGAAAAGCACAUGAUGAAAUUUGCGAGAAAAUAAAAGAAUUGAUGAAUUUGGAUCUUCUCAAGGAAAUCAAUAAAUGGAAAGAUGUUAUGGGUGUGAUCAGAAAUAAAAUAGCGGAACAAGAACGAAAUAUCGGUAAUCGAAGGAAUAUGAUACCGUGGUUAUCACAUUGGGAUCGUCAACUUUAUAAGACAUUACAAUUGCAAUACCAAUGGGGUAUCGAAAAUCUUCACAUGCAAAUUCCAUUAAUUCAAGUUCAGCUAAUAUUUAAAGAUCAACAACUUGAAUUACGACCACCAUUGGAAGAGAUUCGUGCAAAAUAUUAUCGAGAAUUAAGAAAGUUCAUUAGCAUUCCACAGAAAUUUCGUGGUGUUCAAGAAACUGAACAAGCUAGUGAAUUAUUUGCAAAAAUGAUCGAACAUAAUGCGAAUCGAUUUUGGAGUGUUUAUGAAAAAGCCGAACAACUAUUCGAAAAGCUUAUUAAUGUAGGAAGUGAAUUUGAGAAUUGGAUUGUUUUGGGCCAAGUUGAUCUGGAAAGUUUAAUUACGAAACAUUUCAAGCAAGCAGCAGACUGGGAAAAUCAGAUCAAGCUACUGAAAGGAAAAGGAAGAGAUGCGGAAAAAUUGCCAAGUGAAGUAAGAUUGGAAUGUAUUCUUGUUUCAACAUCAGCUGUUAAAAUUGCUAUUGAUGAUAUGCUACAACGACUUUUCGACACGCUAAUAUGGACAUUGAGAUAUUCCAUCAAUAAUGAAAUCCACGAUAUCAACCGUUUCCUAAAUCAGGCAAUCGAAGUACUCAGUUCUAGGCCUCAAUCAAUUGCUGAAAUUGCUGAAGCAAAUCAAAAGCAUAUCGAAUUUGGAAAAUCCAAUAAAGAGAUGAAGAGAAUGCUUGAUCUAAUUGAGGAAAAAAAUGUUCUGUUACGAUCAAUUGGUGGAAGCGGUGCUGAACAAUUACCAACUGUGUUAGCAUUAUGGGAGAAAUUUGAACUAAUGUUAGAUAGCCAUCAAUCAAUGAUCAAGGAGCAGGUGGACACACUAAAAUCGAAUGUUAAUACACGUCUGAAGUCAUUAAGUGAUGAAAUUGAAAAAUUAUUUGUUCGCUGGAACCAAUUCAAACCAAAAAAUGAUCUUUUUGAUGAUGAUAGAAAUGCUAUACUUGAAGCAAUACAAUUCAUCAAGGAAAAACGUGAUGAAUUUGAUGAGUUGCAACAAAAGCGAGAUGCUUUAUUGUAUGUAUGCUAA